GACAACCUCGUUAUAAACGAAGAAAGAAGUUGGAUUCCCUGCAUACUUCAUGAAGGCACUUCUCCAAGAAAUCAUCCAGGUCCUUAUUUGCUCUUUGGGGUAUUGCUUGCUGUGCCAGGCAUAAUUCCUGCCUCUGUUUUGUUCAGUAAAGGCCAAGAGCGUGAUGAGAACGGAAGAAGAAAGGGCUGCUUGGCAGUGUAAUUUGGUCAAAGUGGAUGCCUCGAGGGAUCCAAAAUUUGCUGGCCCUUCUUCUUCAUCGAAAUUGUAUUCUUAUGGAAAACCUGGUAAUGCUGCAAAUGGACCAGAUCAGACUAGCUCCAUUGGCAAGUUUGAUAACCAAAAUCAUGAGCUGCCACCUGAGUCAAAGGGGAUGGUACACAUGCAACAUAACACUAGAAGUGAGAAGAAUUGUAUGGUUGCAGAGCAAAAAGCCUUAGAGGCUGAUGAACUUGAAGUUUCAGAUACUGUUUUUGUUAACAGAAGUCCCAAAAUUAGUGAUGAUUACUGUCCUGAUAAAACUUUUUGUAUAAAAAACAAUGUCAAUUCUUUUAAACAUUGUUCAUGGAAUGCUUCUGCUGCUUGUGUGAAAAAUGAUCUGGAUGCAAGAAUAGAAGAACCCAAGGCAAUACUUGUUAGCAGUGCACUAAAUACAUCUAAGAAGAGUGAAAGGGGGAAGUUCUGGGAUGAUGAUAAGCAUCUAAUGGGAUUGGAAUUUGACUACUUGGCAUUUCAACAGCCAAAUGAACUUUCUUGUGAUUUUGAAUCUCAGUGGGUGGAAGUCAAGAAGACUGAACCAUGGUGGCGCACAGCAGACAAAGGUGAAUUGGCUUCUUUCAUUGCUCUGAAGUCUCAUGAAUGUAUUGAAAAUUGUGAUCUUCCACAGCCACAGUCAAAGCAAUUCAGGAGGGAGCAAUUUGGAUCUACAGAAAGUUUUUUCCAUUCUGCUGGAAUGGGAUUAUCUAAUCUUACUGACCAUACAUUGGUAAGAUCUGUUGCAGUUGGUGUAGCUGAGACCAGGUGCAUGUUAGAUCAUGAGAACCAUUUGUUGCAAAACAAAGAUAGACUAUUAGUAAGUCGCAGUGAGGAUGCUAGUACAAUCAACAGCAGUCAUAUGGAAAUGGAGAGUGUUGCCAGAAGUGAUCCUAGCAAAGAUCAGGUGAUGGGAACACUAUGUCAUUGCAAGACACAAGCAAGGGAAGCAGAGGAAGCAGCUGAGAAAGCAUGUGCCGAAAGGGAUCACAUUGUUAAACUUUUCUUCCAACAGGCUUCUCAUCUCUUUGCUUACAAGCAGUGGCUCCAACUGCUGCAGCUAGAGAACAUCUGCCUCCAGCUUAAGAACAAAAAGCAACCAAUUUCCAUUCUCUUCCCAGCUGGAUUUCCACACGUCCUAAGCAAAUGCUCACAAGUGAAGAAGAGUCAGCAAAAGGUGGGAAAGAGAACACCAAAGUUUGAGAUCGGUAAAUGUUCUGUUGCAUUUGUAGUGGGGUUGAGUCUUGCUGGUGCAGGAUUGCUUCUUGGUUGGACUCUGGGUUGGCUGUUUCCCUUUGCUUAAAUUCCCCAUUUGCUUAUAAUAGUGGUAGAUCAUCUCAGACAAACUUAACUCCAAUAUCUGCCAUGAUCUACAGAUGGCAAUUGCUUUGCUUGCUUAGACUUAUUAAUUACAGAAAUUAAGAAUCAUUUUUUUAUAUAAAUAUGCAUCUUCUGG